AUGCAGACGGCACGUACCCCGGACGGUCUCUGGAUCAACUGGGAUCUUCCGACGAAGGAGUAUACCGAGGUCACUCUGGUUCAAGAGUUCCCCCACUACACAACUUCAAGUUUAGCCGUGGUAGCUCCCGGCAGCCCCAAAGCGGCCGCCUUCCCAGAUUCCCUCUCCAGGGUGCUAACCUUGCAGGCGGUCCUGAUUCUUUGGCGCAAUCAUGCAGGGACCGAGUGGACGCUGGUGCAGAACAUGCUCAAGAUCAGUACGCCAAUUACUACGCUUUCCCAGAUGGUUUUACCAGCUCUUCGUCCUCGUCACACUGGCAGCGCCCCCAAAGCGGCGCUAGUUCACCUAGCAUUCAUCUGUCUGCUUCGUCUGGCUCUCAACAUGGUUCUUUGCGUCAACAUCCACAUGACUCUACUUCAGAUGGCAGUGGCAGCAACUGUACCUCCCAAUAUUCGAGUUCCAGGAGGUUUCAUGCAGACCAUGGUCAACCCCCUUUGUUCCCCACCGGAAGUCGCGACCAUCCUGCCAAACACCACGCUCCUCCACUGA